AACCUUUGUCCUUUCGUGGCCAUGGCGACUCUCCGUUCCUUCUCCUUUAAACCCUUGGCUCCGCCGGGACACCUCCCCUUCUUUCCCCUGCGUCCGAAGCGCUGGACGCUGGAAUUGGCCUCCUUUUCCUCCAGCUUCUUCCCCGGGAGACUGCGCUUCGUCGGCUCCCAGUGCUUCGUCUCGAGAUCGAGCGGCCGUCGCCGCAGAUGCACCCCGAUUAAAGCUAAGGCGACGGACUACUACGGGACGCUGAACCUCAGAAGGAAUUCUACCCUCCAGGAGAUCAAGAGUGCCUACAGGAGCCUCGCACGAAAGUAUCAUCCUGACAUGAAUAAAAGUCCCGGAGCAGAAGAAAAGUUCAAAGAAAUUAGUGCUGCAUAUGAGGUGCUAUCAGAUGAGGAAAAAAGAUCUUUAUAUGAUCGAUAUGGUGAAGUGGGUUUACAAGGAGAAUAUGGAGCUGCAGGUGUUGGUCCACAGGGAGUUGAUCCUUUUGAAGUCUUUAAUGCAUUCUUUGGUGACUCAAGUGGGCUUUUUGGGGGUGACAUGGACCCUGGGGGAUUCGGCAUGAAUUCAAGAUUCACUCGCAGCCAGGGACUUGAUAUUCGGUAUGACCUUUCUUUAAGCUUUGAAGAAUCAGUAUUUGGAAGCCAGCGGGAAGUAAAUGUUGUCCGGUUUGAAACUUGUGACAAGUGCAACGGCACUGGUGCAAAAUCUAGCAGUUGUAUAAAGUCUUGUAUGGAAUGUGGAGGUAGGGGUGGCGUGAUGAAUUCCCAGAGAACACCAUUUGGCAUUGUAUCUCAGGUUUCUACUUGCUCGAAAUGUGGUGGUAAUGGCAAGCUUGUUACUGAUUUCUGUAGAAGCUGUAAUGGAGAAGGAAAAAUAGAAGGCCAUAGAAGUAUAAAAGUAGAUAUACCAGCUGGUGUUAAUGAUGGGUAUACCAUUCAAAUUAAUGGAGAGGGAAGCUAUGAUAAGAAAAGAGGUGUAGUUGGCAAUGUUUAUCUUUUCCUCCAUGUCAAUGAAAAACCAGGCUUCCGAAGAGAUGGUCUCAACUUAUUCUCAGAAGUCAGCAUAGACUAUACUGAAGCGAUACUGGGAACUGUAGUCAAGGUUGAAACAGUGGAAGGAUAUAAAGAUCUUCAAAUUCCUUCUGGCACACAACCAGGAGAGACAUUGAAGUUCACUAACAUGGGAGUUCCAAACCUUAGGAGGCCUUCAGUUAGAGGUGAUCAUCAUUUUGUUGUAAGGGUAGAGAUUCCGAAGAAUAUCAGUGACGAAGAGAGAUUACGAGUUGAAAAGUUAGCAUCUUUGAGGGCUACAAAGGAUAGUUCUAUCGGAUCGAAAGGGAUGCAUCAGGAUAAUAUGUACAAGUAUUCUGAAAAGAGAAAAACUCGGGCUUCACGAAAAAGGAUGAAUAAUUCAUUCUGGAGCUACAUGAAGAACUUGUUUGGAGCAAGCCAAACUGGAACUGGGAUUGCAUCCAUUAGCCUACAAGCACCAGUACCGGCAUGGAUGCCUCAUCCCAAAGCUGAUCCCUCGACCGUUGCCGCUUAUGGAGCUUUUGCAGUGACAGGCAUCUUGUAUUUGAUAUGUAGAAUUAGCGGCUUCUUAUCAGUACCACAAAAGAACUUCUUGACUCCACAAAGAUCAGAAAAAGAAGAUGAGUAAUAGGAUGCCUCACUGCAGAGCAUAUGGGGUUUUUCGCAGUGACAUCUUAUAUUGAUGUGUGGAUUUAAGGGCUUCUUAUCAGUAUUACCAAAAAACUCUUUUGACACCAAAAAGAUCAGAGAAGAAAGAUGAGUUAUAGGACAUUUAUAUCAUUCAUCAAACUGAUAGUUUGGAUGGCAGGUUUUGUUGUGCCAAUCAGAAUCAUAUGGUUCAAACUAGAUAGAAGUUCCCUGUUGCAAGUUUUGGUUGAAUUCUUGUCACAAAUUUUUUUUCCAUGCAUUACAUAAGCAGAAUGGGAAUCAGGCAGAAAUUUUCAACAAGGGAAAAUGCAUAUGUUGUUGUUGUUUU